UUGUGACGGAUAUCCUCAGUUGCAGGAAGACGCAGAAUGGAGAACACCUUCUUCUUCUUCUUUUUGAACAUUUUUCUUUAUUGCACCUCCUCGGCUUCACCGCCGAAUUUCGUCCUCCUUUUCGCAGAUGAUUUAGGUUUCGGGGAUUUGGGCUGUUAUGGACACCCAAGCUCGCUCACCCCAAACCUGGACCGCCUGGCAGCGGGAGGACUCCGGUUUACAGAUUUCUACUGUACCAGCCCGGUCUGCACCCCGUCCAGGGCAUCGCUGUUGACGGGCCGCUAUCAGACCCGCUCAGGUGUCUACCCAGGAGUGCUGUACCCGGGCUCUAUAGGCGGUCUUCCGCUGAAUGAGACCACCAUUGCUGAAGUUUUAAAGCCUGUUGGCUACGCUACUGCUGCCGUAGGGAAGUGGCACUUAGGAGUUGGGCCCAACGGGAUGUUCCUUCCAACCAGACAGGGGUUUGACCACUACCUGGGGAUCCCCUACUCUCACGACAUGGGCCCCUGUAGGAACCUGACCUGUUUCCCUCCAGAUGUUAAGUGUUUUGGAUUGUGUGAUGUUGGCACUGUAACUGUGCCUCUAAUGCACAAUGAGGUCAUUAAGCAGCAACCAGUCGACUUCCUCAAUCUAGAAAGGGCUUACAGUGAUUUUGCGACCAAUUUCAUCACCACAUCGGCCAAGAAGAAACAGCCUUUCUUCCUCUACUAUCCUUCCCAUCACACCCAUUACCCCCAGUAUGCAGGUCCAGCAGCAGCUGGGCGCACUUUAAGGGGUCCGUUUGGAGAUGCUCUGUUUGAGUUUGACAGCACGAUAGGAAACCUACUGACAACCCUGGAAAAGACAGGAGUGAUCAACAACACACUCGUCUUCUUCACUUCAGACAACGGGCCUGAACUGAUGCGAAUGUCCCGAGGAGGAAGUGCUGGCCCUCUGAAAUGUGGAAAAGGCACAACAUAUGACGGGGGCAUGAGAGAGCCAGCCAUCGCCUUCUGGCCAGGGACCAUUAAGCCAGGUGUGACCCACCAGAUGGCCAGCACUCUUGAUAUCCUCCCCACAAUCGCAAGCCUGGCAGGAGCCAAACUGCCCCAGGUGAUGCUGGAUGGCGUCGAUAUGACGGAAAUCCUUGUCAACCAAGGAAAGAGUAAAAGGGAGACGAUGAUGUUUUACCCCACAGAUCCCACUGAGAUGUACGGCCUGUUUGCUCUCAGACUGGGGAAGUACAAGGCCCACUUCUAUACACGAGGUGCUUCCCACAGCGGCACUACCCCGGACCAAGACUGCCCAGUAUUUGCUGUCCUCAAAGCCCACGACCCCCCUCUUCUCUUUGACCUGGAGGCUGACCCCUCGGAGCACUACCCUCUCCCCCUGUACGGAAAACCUGACCUCCAAGCCGUGCUGGAGAGGAUCAAGAAAAUCAAAGAGCAGUUUGAAGCCUCCAUGGUAUUUGGGGAAAGCCAGAUAUCAAAAGGAACGGACCCGAACCUGGAGCCUUGCUGCAAUCCUCAGUGUAGCCCCAAGCCGAGAUGCUGCAAGUGCUGAUGGGACAAAAUCCCACAAUGACAACACUUUGGGGAAGGCUGGAGGUACCGCACAGAUUUUGGCCUCAAGAUGUGAUGCUGAUUUUGUAAUUAUCCGAUGAUGCAUCACUACUUCCUUGUGGACAGCAAUAAUUGAAAUAACAUUCAUACUGUAGAGUAACAUUGCAAACAAUCUGUUUCCUCAGUGAGGAAAUUAUUUAAAUAUUGUAUAAUAAUGUACUGUAUUUCCUGACUAUUUGAAUAGUCAGUGAUUUAAUUUUCACUUUAACAUUCUUUAUGAUUACAAUAUUGUUGGAUAAGUGUAUGGAUUUAAUGUUAAAAAAAAAUUGCACAUAUUUCAAUCACACGAACAAUCAAGAGUAGAUCCGAACAAUAAAGACAACAGUAAAGAUUUCAGACAUCAAGCAUAUAUUUUAUUCAUAAGACCAAACCCAUGACAAGGCAGAGUGAUUUUUUUGUCAUUUUUUUUCUUUGUUUUUCCCUGGAAUUUUAAUUAAUUUUACAAGUCCUUGUUUUUAAAGAUACAAGAUAGGAUAUGUUUGUUCUGUCACAUACUGUUUUGCUCUAGGUAUACAGUGAAGAGUCUUGUUAAUGUAAUAAAAGUUUGGUUUAACUGUUAAUGUAUGUCUCAGCGGCUAUAUGGGACUAGAUCAUCCUCAGAGUUUGUCUUUGUGUGUAGCUGUGUGGAAAGAAGGGUUUUUAACUAGGCUGUAACAAGAUAGAAAAACAGAAUCAGAAGCAAAUAGAUACAGAUCAGAGAUGAGUCACACUGUCGGAGCUCAAAGGCUAUUACUAUAAUCGGCAAGACGCAAUAAUAGUUUUCCAGUGGCGGCUGACUCAGUCACUAUUCAGCUCUAACAGCAGAUUGGUCAGUAGUCUGGUGGGUGUGUCACACACUAAUUAUGUCACAUCUCACAAAUGUGCCCUAAAUGUGCUGCUGAAGCCUGUUUGUGGAGAGUUAUGGAGUUGGCAG